GGAUCCUGCUGACUGGGCUGUUACCGAUGUUGUGAAUUAUUUCAGAACAGCUGGAUUUGAAGAACAAGCCAAUGCUUUUCAGGAACAGGAAGUGUCAAUGAGCAUGUUGAGAUAGCUACAUCACUGUAUCCAGAACAAAAGGGAGUUUACUUUACAGAUCUACUUUCUCUGUUGUGGUAUACUGGAGCAACUUUUCUCCAUUUUCCUAUUAAAAAGAAUAACAUUGGUUGGUAGUUGCUAUAAAUUUGGAGAAUGCAACCUCAGGCACCUGGAGAGCCCAAGGGGAGCACCUUGAAGACUGUAAGUGGUUCUUGGUCUCCAUGUGAGAGUUUCAUUGCUGCUGAAGGCUGCUGUGGUGCAAUUAGCAUUCAAGUAAAACAUCAUUAGGAGGAAAGAAGAUACCUGUGACACUCUGGAAAGAACAAGCAUCUGGAUACAGUUGACAGUUUUCUGAAAUAUUUACAGAGAAGUAGGGGACGUUGCCAAUUCUUUUCUCACCAUUCCGGCACUGCUCAGCUUCACAAAAGCGAAUCCCAUCAGGAACACAUAUGAAUGAGUGGAUGUGGGGAACGCCAUCCUGCAAUUUAGAGCAGACAUAGAGCUCGGGGCUCGCCCUGCGCCGCCGGGAGCCCAAAAUGCCCGCGGGAUCCGCCUGGUGCCGGCCGGCUGUGCUCCUGCUCCUGUCCUGCGUGCCCCUGUGGGCAGCUGGCAUUUCCUGCAGGAAUGAGGACGGGGAGACGGUGGAUUGGUUCGCUCUUUACAAGCUGCCAAAGCAUGCCAAAGGACAGAUUCCCAUGCUGGGACUGGAAUACCUGUACAUGGAUGCCCUGGCUCCGCAGUGGCGGCUCGGUAAAUACCUCAUCAACAUGACACAUGGUGCUCUGGGACAAACACUGCAGCAACUGUAUGAGACCUUUGAGUCCAAGAGGAACACCACUGCAUAUGCAAUAUACAACGAUGAGAUCCCUGAAUCAGACUCCAAAGGGUCGAAACGUGGACACACCAAAGGAUUUCUGCUCUUGGAUAAAUCACAAGGCUUCUGGGUGAUUCACAGUGUGCCCCUGUUCCCUCCCAGCCCUGAGGAUGGUUACGGAUAUCCAUCUUCUGGGGAGUCCUUCGGACAGACAGCCAUCUGUAUAACCUUCAAAUAUGAUCAGUUCACAGAAAUAGACCAGCAGAUGCUGAGUUAUAAUCCAGGAAUCUACAGCUGUUCCAUCCCUGACAUCUUCCAAGCUGACCUCCCAAAUCUCCAGAAACUCUGUGCAAAGUCCAGGCUGCCCUCGGUCCCCUUGCGCCACCUCACCAAGCUCCAGUCAGCUCAUGGGGAAACCUUUCUCCACUUUGCAAAGUCACACUUGUUCAUAGAUGAUAUCUAUGUGGCCUGGAUGGCUCAGGAGCUGAAGACUGAUUUGUUGGCUGAAUCUUGGCAGCGUUCUGGCGAAAAGCUUUACUCAAAUUGCUCUCUUGACUACCACGUCUACAACAUAAAUGUAAUAGGAAUGCCAUUGAACUCCACCUUUCAUUCCAUUAAUGAUCAUUCCAAAUGGGCUGUUUCAAGGAAAUACAAAGAUCAGUGGACGUGCAUUGGGGAUUUGAACCGUGCUGCUGAGCAAGCUUGGAGGAGUGGUGGGUUCAUCUGUACCCAGAACGAACAGAUCUACAAAGCCUUCAGGCAUUUAGUAAUCCACUAUGAAAGCUGCACUUCUGCUCCCAGAGAUCUAUAAACAACUCUUCCUGCCAACCAGCACAGCCCUUGUUCCAUGGGACUGUAGGAAAUGUCUCCCUUGAUCUGUAUUUUCAUUCUGAAAAGCAACCCCGUGAGUUUGAGAUGUGCUGGGCCAUCCCCUUGUUAGCUGUAGGAGCAGAUGGUGUGCAGGUGAAGAGCAGCUGGUGUCCUGUGGUGGGGGCCCUUGGGGGGGUGUGUGCUGGGCCUGCUCUGCUCCCCUGGCUCCUCUCACCAUCCCCACUGGGAUGGGAUGGGAGAGAUGGGGCUGUAGCAAAGCACAUCCCUGAGAACACCCUGCACGGGCAUCCCUGGGCACCUUGGGAGUGGCGCUGGAUGUGGGACAGGAGGGACAACAGAAACUCUCUCAUGAGCUGGGCUGUCAGGACUGGGCAGGUGGCAUGGAUAAGUACCCCCAAAUACUUCAAAAUUGCUCUGGAUUUCUGGCACAUUUGAGACAAGUCACAGCAUUUCUGCUCAGCUUGGGCUGAAUCUCUAGAAGAGCUGAGAAAAUUAGAUCCAGAAAGGGAGAGGAGUAGAUCUGAGAACAGGAAGGCCUCAUUUUAAUGUGAUUAAUUUUUAGAGAAUCAAUGGACUUUAAAUCAUCUUUAAAUUUUCUGUAACCAAUAGCUUUGGAAUGUUUCUAGUGCUUUUAUUAACAUACAGCAAUUUUAUAAACAAAUAAACAUUUCCAAAAUAUGAAUAAGCAAGAUAAGGAGUAACAGUGGUGUGUUUACAUUCUCCCUCUUCCAUCUGUAUAGUUAUUUGUGGUUGGUUAAAAUGUUUUAUAGCUGCCAAAGGAACAAUGGAGACAAUUAGGAAAAAAAUAUAAAGAGAAGACUAUAUUUGAAGAAAGAUGUUAUUUUUCCUAUGUUUUCACAUUACAACAAUUGUGGCUGUUAAUUUUCCAUAUCUCCAGUCUCAGGCUUAGGACCUGAAGUUUGCAUGAUCUUGCUAUAAAGACAAAGCUGAUUUGCAAAAUCCCAAUAGACUCUCGUGUUCAGAUUUCAAAAGUGUAUCUGUGUUUAAUGUGUUCCUAAAUACAUUUAUUUGUUUCUAGCUAUUUUUUUCCUGAAUUGCUGCUAUAAACUCCAGUCUGAAGAUCUGGCUAUCCCACUGAUAUUUCUGUUUUGCUGUGUUCAUAGUCCCUACCACUGACCCCCCAUGGAACAAGGUAUAAAGAAAUGCCCCACAACCACAAGAGUUGCCACAGAUUUCUCUUCCUUUUCACCCUGAACAAUCAGCUAAACAAUGAAAUGCACAAAGUGUCAAAAGAAUUAAUUUUAGAAAAAAAUUGUGCAUAUUUCUUGAAGAGAUAGAAAUAAUGUAUGGGCCUGCAUAAGGAAGGGAAUUGUACAGAAAUAGUUUUCAUAAUUAGGCAGUCUGGAUUGAAGGUAGCUCUUAGCUUGAGUCUCAUCGCUCAGUGAAAAUAGUUUUGUUGCUUAGGUAUCCUGCAAAAUUUUUUUUGUUUUCUCUGCAUAUGACCCAAUAACAUUUGAUAAAUAAUUUGUUUGAUAAUGUUCUUUCUCUGAUGCCUGUCAAACUGUUUUACAUAUUUACUUCUUGUUUUCCUAGCUGUGGUCAAGCAACACCUUUUGUGGCAGCGAAAAUGGCCAGUGACACAGAGCACUGCGCCAUGGGAUGGUAGGGUAUUGCUUAGAUAAGCCAAGACAAAAUUAAUUUCUCUUGCCUAUCUUUUCAUGGCAGACACUAACCUAACCUGCCUGUCUGAGCUCUUGUUUCUUGCCCACAGCUUUGUGUAAGCAGAACUUCAGUGUACAGGACUGGCAAGAAAUCCUCCACUGGAGACAGUGCUGACGAGCUCACCGUGUGUGUCAGAGAGCACCUGUAUCUGUGGCAUAACCUGUAUUUCUUGUAGUAUUUUCGAAUACUCAGCCACAGCAUUUGGGUUACAGGGUUCAAUAGCAGAGUCUCUGUCCCACUGGUUGUCACAACAGUGCUGCCAGCCUGCCGCUCCCCAGGCCAGAAGUUACCAGUGCAUCACUUGAAAUAAGUGCUGAUUGCUGUUCUUAAUUAUUUGGUCAAUUAAUAGCUGUCAUAAAGCUUUACAAGACUACUUAAACAUUUUUCUUUCAUUAUACCAAAGACUGGUUGCCUCCAUUUUAGUUGUAACUGAGGAGGCAUAAAGAGCAGUGGGAAGAUGCAGACAAACAGCUCCACUAUACAGCGCUACAAGCACACACUCCUUUCAGUGGUGUAGCAAUAAAAAGGCUGCAGAUCUGGUUCUCUCAUUUUUUGACUGUAAACAGCUUUAAUUCAGUUUUGCUUUUGUUGUGUAACUUAUGUAUUUGCAUAUCCUUGUAUUUCUGCUACACAUGUUAUGAAACAUGGGCAGACUCUUGGUUUCCCUAAAGAGACUAAUAAUCAACAAAAUAAACCAUAUAGAUUUUUUAAA